AUGGAGACAAGAAGUAUGGUGACGUUUGUAAUGUUGUUGUGUUCAUGUCUUGUAAUGAUGUCCAAAGCUCAAAGUGGGAGUAACGUUAGAGCAACAUUUAACUUAUACAAUGCUCCACAAAUCAAUUGGGAUUUGAAUGCUGUGAGUGCAUUUUGUUCAACUUGGGAUGCAAAUAAACCUUUGGAAUGGCGUAGCCAAUAUGGAUGGACUGCCUUUUGUGGCCCUAUUGGACCUCAUGGCCAAGACUCUUGUGGCCUAUGUUUAUUAGUGACUAAUGUUCAAACAGGAGUUCAAGAAACAGUGAGAAUUGUAGAUCAAUGUAGUAAUGGAGGGUUAGAUUUGGACGUUGGAGUGUUUCAAAGUCUCGACACCGAUGGAAAUGGCAAUGCUAAUGGCUUUCUCACAGUCAACUAUGAUUUUGUGAAUUGUUGA